UUAAGCCGAAUCUGGGACAAUACUCAAGCAAUGGGGAAGAAAGAUAGUAACGCCAUCUUCUAUGUGACCCUGGUAAUAAUAGCCGUAAGUGGCUAUUGUAUCUGGAAUUUCUCCGGCUUCAGCCAUGAAGGCGCCAAAUUCAACAUGAUCCUGGUGGCUUUCUUAGCAGUAUCGAUAAUACAGAUCGUGGUUUAUACGCCCAUCAAGUACACGAUAAUGUCCGUCGAUGCAGCCUGCUGGCCAGACCAUCAGCCCCCUGUGACGCCCGAUAAAAAUGCCAAGGUGGAGACCUUUAUGGACAAGGUAAGACUAAGACUUCGGUCGUUGAAGAGUGAGCUGAUGAUUACGGAAAGCCAUCGAAAUGAGAAGCUCAACCAGCAGUACCGCUUGAUAGAAGGAGAACUUGUUCUUACAGGCAUGCUAUUUAUAAUGAUCUUCGGCAUGGCCAUUGUCUUAGUCGAUCAGUUGCUUUACUAUAAUACGGAAUCCGUUGAGAAUCUCUUCUCGUUCGACCGCAAAAAUGACGUCGGACUAUCACAAAUGGUAGCUCUACCGGAAGUCUACACCUUCAUCGAGCUCUGCCUGAUAAUGGCCUUUACGGAUGAGAGCAACACAGGAAACGGGGCGCCUUGGAUUCAUGCGGAGCCAGUCCGAAUGUUGGGUGUGGUAAGAUUAAAGCAGUUUAGAACGGAAAACAGCCGCGUAGGUCUAAGCAAGCCGGUUUUCACUAAGAAGGACUUUUCGGAAGGUUGGUUGCCAUAUAAAAGGGUCCCCUAUACGGAUAAAUACUGGCCGAUCUACGAGCCCUGGCUGUCGGUGGUCUACAGCUUUGAAGAGAAAGUCUUGGGCGACACUUACCAUGGAGAUUUUAUUACUUAUCCGGAAACGGAGGGAUACCAAUCACUUCUCUCGGACACCCGAACUAAAAGUCAGAUGAUUCUUAAAUACUUGAAGGAGAAAAAAUGGCUAGAUUAUAAAACGAGUGCUCUAUUUAUAGACUUCACUCUGUACAAUGCGGAUGCAAACAUCUUUAGCGUGUGCAGAUUGUGGAUAGAGCAAUUUCCCUUCGGCAACAUCCACUCUCAUUUGGAUAUCGAUAGUGAGAUUUUCGUGGAGCAAAUGCGAAGUUUGUCUGGUUUUGGAAUGCUUGUGUUGUUUAUCUUCGUUAUUGUAUGGCUGCAGUUCGCCAAGGUGUUUUUUGUCAAGGUCUGGUUCGAGCCUCGUGCCUUAAAAACCCUGUGGAUCCAGGUGGAUGCCCUGAUUAUAGUACUCACUUUCAUGGUUUCUGUAAUUUUAGCGGUCCGGGAUAACUUGGUUCAAUCAAUGAUACAAAAUAUUGAAAUCUGCGUGAUGGUUGAGUUUAUAGAUUUUCGAAAACCUGAGCGACUCACGUACUACGCGGAUAUUCUAAAGGGUUUCUCCAUAGCUCUGGUCACCAUGCGACUUUGGAAGGUGUUGCAGUUUUCCGGCACCUUUCAGUUAUUCACUAAAAGCUUUUCUAUGGCAUGGCAAUCGCUUAUUUGGACAAUGGUAGUAACCAUCAUAUUCAUUGUCGCCAUUGCCCUUACCACCGUCACAAUUAACGGAAAUCAUAUCACCACCUUCAUGGACUUGACCAAGGGCAUUGUAACUGUCAGUUGUUUUGCAUUCGGCUUUACUGAAGUUAUGAAGCCGCCAGAUCUGUUUUUCGGUGGAGAGCUGUUGGGCAUUAUAUUAUAUGCCAUAAUGGGAUUCGUGGUCAAGUAUUUGCUGAUCAAUUUAAUUAUAUCCAUGAUGAGGGAUCAAAUGGCAAUCGCCAAGGCGAACAGGGAUAGGAUAGUAUUGCACCGCAUAUCGUUUUGGGAAUUUCUUCGCGUGGAAUAUGCCGAUUGUAUUAAUCGUACUCUAAAGGUGGCUCACUUAAAGAAGAGAUAUUAUCGGAAAAAUCGAACAGUGGCAGAAAAUAUCGAACGAAAAAUGAAGCAUAAAGAGCGAAUGGCUGAAAUGAUCAAUACAAUGGAGCAUUACCCUAGAAUGAUCCCCGAAAAGCGGAGAGACGAGGAACUUCUUCAAUUAAGAUAUAGGGAGCGUAUCGAGCGAACCAUAACCAUGGGCGCGAUUCUGCAAACGCAAAUGGAGCUUAUUGAGAGGCUAAUGUUCGGGGAUGAUGAUGGAAAGCUGCCAAAUUUGGACCUACCUGAGGAGAAUGUUCCAUCAACUCAAAAAGAUUAA